AGAAAAUUGCAAUAAUAACUGGUGGUGCGAAUGGUAUAGGUGCUGCUUUAGCUCGGCGACUUGUUCUAGAAGGGGCACAAGUAGUUAUUGGUGACAUUGAUAAAAAAUCAGGCCAAGAACUUGUAACUGAGUUGAAUCAAAAUAAUAAAAUUAAUGCGAUCUUUGUUUAUUGUAAUGUGACAAAUUUCGAUCAUUUACAUCAAUUAUUUGAUACUGCACAGAAUAAAUUUGGUGGAAUUGAUAUUGUAUGUAAUAACACUGGGAUUGGACAACCUGGCGAAUUUUUUGAUCAAACUGAUAGUUGGAUAAAGACUGUCGAUAUUAAUUUAAAUGCUGUAAUCAAAGGUACACAAGUAGGAAUCCAAUUUUUAAAAAAACGUGGUGGUGGUGUUAUCAUUAAUACCGCUUCAAUUGCUGGAUUUAAUCCAUCAAAAUUAUUACCAAUGUAUAGUACUACAAAAUAUGGUGUUGUUGCUUUUACACGAGCAUUACGCGAACUAAAUGUUACUGAUAAAAUUCGCGUAAAUGCUGUUGCUCCUGGAUUUGUAGAUACAAAUUUAGUGAAAAGAAUGAUCAAAACAUUGCCUACAACUGCAGAAGCAAUUGAGAGAUUAGGAGGAUAUAUUCCUAUUGAUAUAGUGAUUAAUGCUUUUAUAAAGGCCAUUCAAGAUGAUAGUCUUGCGGGUGAUAUUAUCUUAAUUCCUAAUAAGAAUGAUUCUCAAAUCGUGCCAAAGUCAUUAUUGUAG